ACAGAUCUCAACAGACGCGACGGAUUCACUGCCUUGUUGAUCAAAUUGAUAAAAUUUCCAACUGCUUGAAGAAUCAAUAGAUGUGGCGAACGACUCUUUGAAUGUAUUGAGUUUAGUCCAAGCAAAUUUCUCUCGUUCGCCACAUCUAUUGAUUCUUCAAGCAGUUGGAAAUUUUAUCAAUUUGAUCAACAAGGCAGUGAAUCCGUCGCGUCUGUUGAGAUCUGUUGAUUAGCGAAUAGUCAUUUGGCUGAUCUAUUAUUCACUACCCUCACCCGCAACAUACAGAGUAGUAAUUGAUGUUAACAUACAAAAUGACUCGAUCGAUAUGAUCUCUUCGAAUGAAUUAUUUUAUUCAGGGAUUCUUCUACAACGGAUGAGGAACGAACCAAUCCUCGAUAUAUACCUCAGUUAGAAAUCAUCAAAGAGGCACAAGAUAUAAUUGCAAGAUACGAAAUACUUGGGCUUGAUGCGACACUGCUGCCUGAGUUCAGGAAUGAAAACGAACGACAAGAUGCAUUGAAUUCACUUCCGGAAGUUAUUCAAUAUCGGUUGCGUAACACUGAUACAGUUAUGAAUGAUAUUCGAGAACCUGAAAUGUUGAUUGAACGAGUUCGAAACAAUCUCGGCAUCACAGAUGUGCGUCGUCAAAUGGAAGAGAAACAAAGAUUGCUAGAAGAAUUAGAACAGCGAUGCAGUGAAAGACAAGCCGCUGUUCAAGAACAAAAACGGAUCCAUCGAUCAAUAAACAAUGCGAAACAUUGGAGAGUCGGAGUGGCCCCUUAG